AUGACUCAAACAGCUCUUUCACAUAACUCCCCUCUCAUCAAAGCUGCAAAAAGAGCCUUCGAGCUUGUGGAUCUUUACUUAAGUUCUUCAAGUCUUUCUGACAUAAUAGAAUCACAACAUAAAACUACUUCACUAAAUGGCCAUAUUAAUGGUGUCAACAAAAGCAUACUUCCUUGCUCUAUUUACCCACAUAUCGAAAAAAGUGAAUUUGUUCAGCUUGAAAGUGACAGAAACGAGUGCAAGGAACGAGUUGUUGAAUCCAUGCAAGUAUUAGAAGAGGCUCUUAAUCGAUAUAAAUUUGAAGAACUUGCAUUAUCUUUUAACGGCGGUAAAGACUGCCUAGUUCUUCUUAUUCUUUUUCUCGCAGCUAUUUAUAAGAGAUGGCUUCAAUGCAAUGAAUAUAUUCCUAUCACCCAAUCUCUUCUUCCUUGUGUAUACGUUCGCAGCACCACCGCGUUCCCUCAAGUUGAUGCCUUUGUUUUGGAAUGCAACGCUCGUUAUGCUCUCGAUACUACAAAUCUGGCGAUGCCAAUGAAAGAAGCUUUGAGUCAGUAUAUUGAUAUUCGCAACAAUAAAAUAUCACAAAAUAAUUCCACAUCACAACUUAACGGAUCCAGUGAUCCGUUAGAUACCAAACUAAAAGCCAUUUUUGUCGGAAUCCGAAGAACAGAUCCAUACGGCCAACAUCUCAAGCAUUUCCAAAAAACUGAUAAAGGAUGGCCCGAUUUCAUUAGAAUCCAUCCAGUAAUUGACUGGCGUUAUAAAGAUAUUUGGAACUUUUUGCGGGUUCUUGGUAUCCCUUACUGCAUUUUAUACGAACUCGGUUACACAUCCCUAGGCGGUACAGAUAACACUGUACCAAAUCCUGAUCUUCGACGAGAGGGUUCCUUCAGCCAUCUCGAACCAAAACCACAAUCCUUGAACGAGCUUCUGGAAAACCAUCGAAUCGUUUUUAAACCUGCACAUCGACUUGAAGAUGAGUUACACGAAAGAGAAGGUCGAGCCUGA